UGAGCACUACCUGCAAAUAGUUACCAUCUUGACAGAGUUCUGAUGUCUGCCUACGGUACUACGCGCCAUCACGGUCAGCCGUCUGCGAACUCAACUCCAGCAUCAACGACUCUUUUUCGCCGCCUGACAUGGGAGGGCACUGUUCCCCUUGAAAUUCGUGUAGACUCAAAAGAGUUACCAGCAAAUUCCGAUCGCGGCCUGGAAUGUUAUUAUAUUCAAGCUCCUCGUGUCAGUUACUUGCCUCUUCUUAUGCCUGAGAUACGACGAUUCUUGAUGGAUGUCGUAUUCGACGAGGCAGCUGGAAAGAUGCUCAAGGAGGAAGAAUGGUGGUUCGAGAGCGAGGAAGGUACGCUGUUGAAGUGGCACUGGCCGAUAGGGCUGAUCUACGAUAAUCACACCAUCUCUGCUUCAAUUCGGCCACCGUCUCAGACUUCCACAUCUCACUACAAUCUGCAAGUGACUCCCUUGAAGCUCAUUCUCCACCUUGCAUCACCUCCCACAGAGAAGCUUCUUCUCUCGCCUUCUGCCGAAUCUUGCAAACAAGCAUUUAUGGGGCAGCUCAAGGAGGCAGACUUCAUAAGAUGGGGAAACACGAAGCGCAUGACGGGACUUCGGAAGCAAGACCAGGAUGGUAUCUGGGAAGGCAUCAAAGAACAUAACUUCGAUGACUAUUGGCGCGUCGCAUCUAAGAUAGUGCCUACAACCGCACCUGCGCGGUCGGGCUCUCCACCACCUUCCACGAAUCCAUCAAUGCAUGCAAGGCCACCAUCUGUAGACCCGCAGAGUGCACCGGAUCGUGAUAACGCUUAUAACGUUCGCAGUGUCCCAGUUAGGUUAUAUUUACCUGACGGACCCGUGAUGCAAGACGUUGUCCCCCCGACCCUUGAAGACGGCUCGGCACAUACCCUAGUGCAUUAUCUAUCUACGCAUCUUCCCCUCCUCUUUCCACCUGCGCCGUAUUCUGGCCCAGAACUCGCUUAUGCUAUGAUGCAUGGUGUGCUGGUACCUCCUGAUGCGGAGAUGGCAUGGUUAGGGGCUUGUAUGGCGGGCGCAGAUGGGUGGGUAAGUAUUUGCGUAGGAAUCGCACGGUAGGCAAUUAUGGUGCAUUUUCUACUGACCGGACGAUAAAUGUAUGAGAUACCCUUUCUCCACCGUAGUGUGAGUCAGUCACAUCUUUCGAGAACUUGAAGAAAUUUCACACCAGUAAAUUUAAUUUUCGCUCGUCUGUCAAUCAUCGGUUGUUCUGCGUCCCAUCAUGUCCGGAUCUCAUGACGGUGAAUUCGGUUUCCUGAAUAUAAGUCCACCCCGCGGGCUGCAUCUAA